UUGGGUAGAAUCGCGUAAACUGGUGUAAACUUUUCUUUUUCGUUGUUAUUUUGCUAAAAUAAUUUAUUUUGCCCUAAAUAGUAAUUUUAUUUAUUAAAAAAUAGGGGUCUAUAUCAACAGCAAUCAUGCCACGAAUAAUGAUAAAGGGAGGUGUGUGGAGAAACACCGAGGAUGAAAUCCUGAAAGCAGCGGUUAUGAAAUAUGGCAAAAAUCAGUGGUCUCGUAUAGCAUCACUAUUGCACCGAAAAUCAGCCAAACAAUGUAAGGCACGUUGGUACGAGUGGUUAGACCCCAGUAUUAAAAAAACAGAAUGGUCACGGGAGGAAGAUGAGAAAUUAUUGCAUUUGGCGAAAUUAAUGCCAACCCAAUGGCGUACAAUCGCUCCCAUCAUAGGUCGUACUGCUGCACAGUGCUUGGAGCGCUACGAAUAUCUUCUUGAUCAAGCGCAGCGCAAAGAGGAUGGCGAAGAUGGUGGUGAUGAUCCUCGCAAAUUAAAACCGGGUGAAAUUGAUCCAAAUCCGGAAACUAAACCUGCACGUCCAGACCCUAAAGACAUGGACGAAGAUGAAUUGGAGAUGCUGUCAGAGGCACGCGCUCGUUUGGCCAAUACCCAAGGCAAAAAAGCUAAGCGCAAAGCUCGCGAAAAACAAUUGGAGGAAGCACGGCGGUUAGCAGCAUUGCAAAAACGUAGAGAACUUCGUGCUGCGGGUAUUGGUAGCGGUAAUAGAAAACGCAUCAAAGGCAUUGAUUACAAUGCAGAGAUUCCAUUUGAGAAACGUCCGGCUAUUGGUUUUUAUGACACAUCUGAAGAGAACGUCGAUAAACAAGGACCUGAUUUCAAUAAAAUGCGACAACAAGAUCUUGAUGGUGAAUUGCGCUCCGAAAAGGAGGAACGAGAGAGAAAGAAAGAUAAACAGAAACUGAAGCAGCGCAAAGAAAAUGAUAUGCCACUAGCCAUGUUGCAGAACUUAGAACCUGAAAGGAAACGCUCUAAAUUGGUACUCCCUCAACCACAAAUAUCUGAUCACGAAUUGCAACAGGUUGUUAAGUUGGGUCGUGCCAGUGAAAUUGCCAAAGAAGUAGCAGGUGAAAGUGGUGUCGAGACCACAGAUGCACUUUUAGCUGAUUACUCUAUCACGCCACAAGUUACGGCGACGCCUCGCACGCCAGCACCAUUCACAGAUCGCAUAAUGCAAGAGGCACAAAAUAUGAUGGCUCUAACACACGUUGAUACGCCUUUAAAAGGUGGUAUCAAUACCCCAUUACACGAAUCGGAUUUCUCGGGGGCAUUACCAAAAUCGGCCUCGAUUACUACACCCAAUACCGUAAUAGCAACUCCAUUCAGAACACAACGUGGCGGCGAUAGUAAUACGCCUGGAUUUGCUACCCCUGCGUCCAAUGCUCUUGUGCCACUAGGAAAAACACCGCAUGCUGUUGUGGGCCAAACGCCCACUUUAGUAAGGGACAAGUUAAGCAUCAACCCCGAGGAUAAUUUGAAUGUCGGCGAAACGCCUGCAAUAUAUCGCAAUUAUCAAAAGCAACUGAAACACUCCUUACGUGAAGGAUUGGCAACAUUGCCUGUCCCACGUAAUGAUUACGAAAUCGUUGUACCGGAGCAUGACGAUCACGAACCCACCGAGACGAAAUCAGAAAAUGUCGUGGAGGAUCAAGCUGAUGUUGACGCAAGGCUAAUCGCUGAAGAGAAUGCCAAACGGCAACGCGAAUUGGAGAAACGUUCCCAGGCCAUACAAAGACAACUACCGCGACCAACUGAAGUGAAUACAAAGAUCUUACGACCACAAUCCGAGAAACAAAAUCUCACUGACAUGCAGAAAGCCGAGGAACUGAUAAAGCAUGAAAUGAUCACAAUGCUAUUAUUUGACUCUGUAAAGGACCCCGUGCCCGGUCAAUCACAAAACAAAAUUGAACAAUUACAAAAUUACUUCAAAUCAAAUCCAUACGAAGAGUUUAAGAAACCCGAUUUGGAGAAGGCUUCAAACCUUAUCAAGGAAGAAAUGGAUGUUGUUAAAGAGGGCAUGGGUCACGGUGACUUACCAAUGGAUGUUUAUUCACAAGUGUGGCAAGAAUGUUUAGGCCAAGUGCUCUAUUUGCCCUCGCAGAAUCGCUAUACGCGCGCUAAUUUGGCCAGCAAAAAAGAUCGCUUGGAGUCAGCCGAGAAACAGUUGGAGCAAAACCGACGACACAUGGCGAAGGAAGCAAAACGUUGUGCUAAAAUAGAGAAAAAACUAAAAAUUCUAACAGGUGGCUAUCAAGCGCGAGCACAGGCUAUGAUAAAACAGUUGCAAGACACCUACGAUCAAAUCGAGCAGAAUUCUUUAGCAUUGUCAACUUUCAAAUUUUUGGCAGAACAGGAAGCAGUUGCCAUACCACGACGCUUAGAGUCGUUACAAGAGGACGUACGCCGUCAAAUGGAACGUGAAAAAGAAUUACAACAGAAAUAUGCUAAACUAUGCGAAGAGCUUGACCAAGCGCAGCAGGAAAUAGAAUUAUACGAAAGCGCUGAGCAAACCAAUGAGGUCACUGAAAUCACUGAAACAGAUGAAACCUCUAAUUGAAUGCAAUAACAAAAUAUCAGCGUUUCAAGCUAACAUUUAAACUCGUAUGAUUAGGAAAAAUACACAAAUUGAUUGACAAAUAAAAUAAAACUUCAAAGUAUCUUCAA